UCUCAACAAGGUUAGAUAUAUUUCUUUUCUCCCCAUCCCGUCUCUAUCUCUUUCCCAAAUUUAGGGUUUGAUCAGCAACAUGGAUGUUGAGGCAGCGGAGAUCCAAGACUGGGAGAUGCUUCCGUCGAACCGGGCUUCUGACUCGGAACCGUUAGCUACGGACGGUUCAGCCGAAAACACGAACGGUGUCGAUGAAGUUGGAUCUGAGACGAUCGGUGUGAUUCAACCCAAUUACUUCUCUCUAGACUCUCAAAUCAGGUAUAUGAGUACCUUUACUGGUGCGGAUGGAAGCGAGGAGGACUCUGAAAAAUCGGAUAAUCCGAGUUGGAUUGAUCCCGGUUCUGAAAACAACGAGUUAACCAUGAAUACUUGUCGCGAAUUCUGGUCGGAUUCCGGCAGUGAAGUUGAGGGUAAAAAUGAAUUGGUUUUUGAAGAGAUGAAAAGUGAAAAUGUUGAUGAAUUUUUGCCGGAUUCUAUGAAAUUUGGUGCUGAUGCUGGACAAAAUAGGCAUCUACAAGAGGUUUCUGUUGAAGAAAAUCAGGAUAAUGGAAAUUUUGAAGGCGAACAUAAUGGAAAUGUUGAAGGUGAACAGAGGGAUGCAGGGGACCAAAAGAAGAACCUAGUGUGUUGGUGGAAGGUGCCAAUACAACUUGUCAAGUAUUGUGCUGCUUUUAGAGUUAGCCCUGUGUGGACAUUUUCUGUUGCUGCUGCUAUGGCUCUUGUUCUUUUGGGUCGUAGAUUGUAUAAGAUGAAGAAAAAGACCAAGCCAUUGGAGCUCAAAGUAACUGUGGAUCACAAGAAAGUUUCUCAGUUCACCAGCCGUGCUGCACGUCUUAACGAAGCAUUCUCUAUUGUGAAGCGGGUUCCUCUGAUUCGCCCACAGUUGCCAGCCGCUGGAGACACAAUGUGGCCUGUAAUGAGUUUGAGAUAGGCUGUAAUAUUUCUCCAUUUGAUAUAUUGUGUUGCUUCUGCGCUUGUAUAAUCUACUAUGUUUACUACUGUUGUUUGAUAUCAAACCUAUGUAUAUUCACUGGCCACAGAAAUUGCAUAAUUAAUUGCUUA